GUGCUACUCAAAUGUGAUACUUAAAUGUGCUUUUAUGAAUUCCAUUUCAAUUGGAAAUAUCUUGCCAUGAAACUAUUUCUGUAUCUUUGCUGUCUGGUUUUUGUUUUUAGAGCUGUUAGCUCAUACAACAAAGUCAUACGACAACCCAAGUGCUUGUAUAUGGCCGAUGUGGGACCUUGUGAGGAUAGCAUUAAAGUCUAUGGCUAUGACUAUACAACCAAUCGAUGUGUACAUUUCUUUUAUGGCGGCUGCGGUGGCAAUCCAAAUCGAUUUGCCACAAAGGAGGAAUGCAUGCAAGAGUGUCAUGUGGAGUCUGAAGAGAGCGCAGAGGACGAGGAAUAUAUUCUAGACGAUAUACACAUGAGAAGCGAUUUAUAAUUAUGAAAAGUAGAUAUUGCCAAAGAUGUGUAUUUUAAAAUCCAAAUGAAGGGCAUUACAACUUCGUAUUUAUU